AGGAGCAGAAGGAGGAGAAGGAGCAGCAGGAGGAGGAGGAAGCAGCCCGCCGCCUGUGAAGCUAUGUGAGAGCCAUGCUUCUCGUCUCGGGGACUUAUCGUCGUGAGGGAAGAGACCUGGGCUUCGUGCAGAAAUGGCAAACCGAGAGCGAAACAAGAAGAUCUUACUGCAGCUGGUGAAGCGGCCGGACAACAGCUGGUGCGCGGACUGCGGCGCGCCAGAUCCAGACUGGGCGUCUUACAAGCUGGGUGUGUUUGUCUGUCUGAACUGCUCUGGCAUCCACCGCAGCCUGUCCAGCCAGGUGAAAUCCAUAAAGCUGGACUUCUGGGAGGAUGAGCUGGUGGAGUUCAUGAAAUUAAAUGGCAACGCCAGUUCCAAAGCUUUGUAUGAGAAAGCUGUUCCACCGUACUACUAUCGGCCUCAGCAAAAUGACUUUGAAGGAGUUUUAUGUUUGCUCUUGAACCGCAGUGUCCUGAGAGAGCAGUGGAUUCGGGCCAAAUACGAAAGGAUGGAAUUCAAAGGGGAAAUCAAGUAUCCACCACUUUCAUAUACCACAGGUUUCUAUGAAGGGUUGCUGUGGAAGAAAGGAAAAGAGAACACACAGUUUCUGAAGAGGAAGUUUGUGCUGUCAGAGAGAGAAUUCAGCCUGACUUACUACAACAAGGAAAAUGAGUCCAAAGGCCCUAAAGCUGUAAUCUCCAUCAAGGACCUGAACGCCACCUUUCAGCCAGAGAAGAUUGGUCAUCCUCACGGGCUGCAGAUCACCUACCAAGAUGCCGAUCACACCAGAAACCUCUAUGUUUAUCACGAGAGUCCUGAGGAAAUAGUCACAUGGUACAACGCCAUCCGUGCAGCUCGCUAUGCCUACCUGAAAACAGCAUACCCGACUGGAAGUGACGAAGAACUGAUACCAAAGAUAACAAGAAACUCCCUUAAAGAGGGAUACAUGGAAAAGACAGGGCCGUUGCAGAAGGAAUCUUUCAAAAAGAGGUGGUUUAUUUUGGACUCUCAAAACAGGAAGUUGUUCUACUUCAGAGGCCAGCUGGAUGCGGAGGAGUUAGGGGUCAUUUUCAUCGGCACUGAGAGCAACGGUUACUCUGUGAAGGAGUCCGUCCCAAAGCAUGCUCGUGGAAACAAGUGGAAGUGUGGCAUCAUGGUGGACACGCCUGAGCGACAGUUUGUCUUCAUGUGCGAGCAGGAGAGGGAGCAGAGGGAGUGGCUGGAGGCCCUCAGACGGGUCCUGUCCAGGCCCAUGUCACCGCAGGACUAUGCCGGUGAGUAAAGUUGAAGCCAACAUCAAGUAUAAACACUGACCUGCAGAGGUGUGUCGACUGGAUGAUGGUGAGAAGAUUCCUGGGACUGAACCACUGCAACACAACAGAUGAACGGUCACCUGCUCACUAUGUUGCUCCCAAUACUGACUCUCACCUCUGUGUUAUAGUAAAACAUCUUGAAACAUGGCUGACUCUGCCACAGCGUGGAUUAUCCUCCAUAUCCUCACUAUGACCGACACUAGAUCUGAUGGUACAUUACAGACUUCAGAAAGAACUGUAUCAUUAUGUGACCAAAAAAUGAGGACAUUUUCGGAAUGUUGACAAUAAACUAAUAAAAUAACAUUUCCAGAUUAAAGCCAAACUUAUACCUCAAACUAUCAUGUUGGCACAUAUGACUGCCUCUACAAAAUGCCUUGUGUAGAUUAAUUUGUAACAAUUGCUGCAUAUCAUGAUGCUAAUUUUUAUGAUUGUCCUUGGUUUUUAAUAAUUCAAAUUUACGAAGGAUUAAACCAUUUGAUUUUGGUGGUGAACAUGUUUCAUAACAGUAUGCCCAGACAAAAUAAAUCCUUUUUUUUUUAAUAAUA